ACAAGCUCGUGUAACAAGUUAGCAAUAUUACGUAAAAUGAAUUUUAAACUGUGCUUCGUUGUUUUGGUAUUUUUAAGUUUCACAAAUUGUGCAAAUGUAAUUUCGCGCCAAAAUGCAUAUUCUAAAAAAGAUUCCCGCGAAAAGUCAAAGAGUAUACACGUUCAUGAACAAUUGAUGGACAAUCUGUUUAUUAUCUAUGAUCCUUCUUUUCUCGCGCUCGUGUGGCCGAAAAUAAAGAAUGGUGUACAUUUGAGUUUGGAUAGGUAUUGUUGGACCGAAUUGAGUGUGUUUUUCAAAGAUUAUUUGGAUGGUCACGCUUGGGCAUAUAAAACUGCAGAUGCAUCAGGCCGAUAUUCGUCAUCAUUCUUCACUGGAAACAAGUUCUGGUUGGGGUCCAAGCAACAAUGCCAAAUUCUGAACGAUGCGUACGAGUCUCAAGCGCAAGAUCAAACUUGGGGAGAGUUUUAUAGUGGGGACUAUCUCAAGACGUUGCUCAAGGGGAACACAAAUUUUGGACGGAACCAGCAAGACUGGCACGCGCUAGUGCAGCGCGACGAGCUAGUGCGGCGGCUGGUCCGCGCGGACAACGCGCCGCCCUUCGCCCUCGGGUACUCCGCCCUGCAGCUGCAGCUCAACCUCACCAGCUUGGCUUUGGCUAAGUCAUACGAUGUGAUACUGGGCGUCUGCUUGCCAAAAUCCUGCGCGUCUGAAGAUAUUGUCUCCAUUAUAAACUUCUCGAUUAUGCUCAACGAUCACUUAAAGUACAACAACUCCCUCAGCAGAUCGGUUAAAAUCACAUCUAUUAGGCAAAUACAAGGUUACGACAUUAAAGACGACGUGGUCGCAGUUCUGACCAUACUGAUCACGAUAAUUUUCAUCCUCCUAUCUGUAAUCGCCACAUUGGUAGAUCUAGAUGUCUUCUCAGUAAGCCACCAAACGUUAAACCUAAAUAAACCCAUGAAUAAGGACGAAAUAGACAGGAAAACAAUCACACGACCAGUGAUAGUAGAUGCAGUAAUGAAGAACGCAAAUAAUGCUGGGACGUUAAAGCUGUGCGAUCCAAAACUACCUCCUUCAAUUACGCUGGGCGUAGUAAACAUGGAGGGGACCGGGAACUGCAGGAGAUGCGGGAAAUAUAGGAAACAGUGUGCCAUCUCGAGACAAUUUGACAAUUUCCCGCCGUGUCCGAGGAUGAAAUACAACUCCUGCACAAGUUUGAACACAGAAGUCAAGAAAACUAAUGGUUUAAUGAAGGAUCUGCUGUUGAGUUUUUCGAUAAAGCACAGUUGGAUGAGGGUUUUCAACACGAAUCUGGCGAACAAGGAUCUGUCCGUCAUACACGCUGUUAAAAUUAUCGCAAUGUUUUGGAUAAUUUUUAUACAUGUAGCUGUCACUGUUAGCUAUGUUUCAAAUAGCGGUGAUAUCAAUGAUCCUAGUAAUAUGUAUUACAAUAUAUUGGCCACUGGGACACUCGCGUUUGAUACUCUGUUCUUUGUAAGCGGCAUAUUCAGCGCGCACCACUUCUUCUACCUGAAGGGGCGCUACUGCAGCGAGGAGGUGCUGCGUUGUUCUGGACCAUGUGGCCAGCUGUCUCAGCUCAUGUGUUUUAUCAUCAAUCGGGCUAUACGGCUACUCCCCCCCUACGUGUUCGCGAUAUUCACGUCCUCAGUGGUGUCCCGCGCGUUACACGCCAGCGUGACGCUGGGGAGCGGGACUGACACGUGCCACACGUACUGGUGGCGGAACUUGUUGUAUAUCACUAACUUGUACCCACGGGAGGAACAGUGCAUGCACAUCUCGUGGUACCUCUCUGCCGAGACGCAGCUGCACGCGUGCGGCGCCGUGCUGUGCGCUCUGCUCGCGACGCGCAAGCGGCUCGUGCUGUCUCUCGCGGUGUUGUUGCUGUUCGCGAGCACUGCGUUCGAUGUGAUCUCUAGUUAUACGGAGGAUUUUGUAAAUAGUGCUGGGUACGCAUGGGAGGGUCACGUGUGGAGCCACGCGGCACCCUACGUGCUGGGCGUGCUCACAGGAUGGCUUGUACAUCGGAUAGACGGGCUGCUUACUGUACCUAAAAUGUGGUCAGUAUCCCUGUGGAUAUGGUCAUGUUGCGCGGCACUUGGGUCAUGGGCGCUGCCGUGGGCGGGGUGGUGGGGCGCGGGGCGGGUGGCGGCGGGCGGGGGGACCGCGUGGCUGCACCUGCUGUGGCCCGCUGCGGGGAUCUGGCCCGCUGUGGUCUGCUCUACCAAAUAUGCGUACCGAACGCGGCAAUUACUUGACAGUCGAGCGUGGUGUGGUGUCAGUCGCCUGUGCUACUGCGCAUUGCUUCUGCACAUGACACUCGCACGCGCACUGCUCGCAGCUGACACUGCUCUGUGUGCGAGUUUCGCGUGUCUGUUGUGUUACUACCUGGGCGUGACGGGCGUGACGUUGUUGUGCGCGUUCUGUCUGUGCGUGUUGGUGGAGAUGCCGACCUGCGCCUUCCUCACCAGGCUCUCGGACUAUGUGUAUAGACGAUAGACUUCUUGUAAAUCAGGUGUUACAAGCUCAUAGGAUAUCGAUUAUUUGACAUUUGUUUUGUUUUCUUUCAAUAAUCGAAUAUAUGGAAGGAUUAAAAAAAAUCGUUCAUAGUAUUUGCGAAAGAGAAAUGUUUUAACAACUACAAGAGAAAAGAAAUAGUUGGACGUAGUUAAUUUUGCGUUUUUGAUUUCGAAUCGAAAGCAAAUAAAUUGUAUGUAAGUUGUCAGGUAUUUAU